UUAAUUUUGUUGUGUACCUAAGAAUAUUGAUUAUUGAUAGUAAACGAAAAUAAAUGUGAUUUUAAAAGACGUGCGAAACUGCAAGUCUUCAAGUUGCUUGUAUUGUGUUCAUUUUCUUUCUUGUUUACAAUCAGGAUCCAUUCUAAAGUAAACCAAAUAUUUUGACACUCCAUUAUUAAGGACAGGUAUUUUAGAGAUAAGAACUCUAAAAUGGUGUCUUGUUCUUGGGAAAGACAACGAUCAAGUUACAGAGGUAGAGCUGCAUAUAGCAAUGGUAACAACAGAAGAAUCAUUGCUCAAGAACCACUUGAAAAGGUGACCUUCCUUGGAUGUUAUGUUUACUCCUGUGAAGAUUUAUUAGUUUGUAAGGCAGGUAUUGAAGAUGUGCCAUAUUUUAAUGCAAAUGUUUAUCUUGAAAACAAAUCGCCUGUUGGUAAAAUAGAUGAUAUAUUUGGCAACCCAAGGGAGUAUUACUUUUCAGUUACUCUAAAUGAGAACUCGAAAGUAGAUUUCUUCAAAGUAAACCAGAAGCUUUACAUUGAUCCAGCAAAAAUUUUACCACUGAGAAAGUUUCUACCUCAACUUGGUACCAGUCGAGGUGGUGAGAGAAUGAAUCAGGGCAGAGGCUAUAAACAGAGGACUUGGAAUGGAAAUGGUUGCUCAACAUAUAGACAAAGGAGACAAACAAAUAACCACGCAUAUUAUACAAAUUGUAGGAGAAGGGGUUAUUAUAUGUAAUUUCUUUAGUUUAAUCAGUAGUAAUAGUAGAAUAAAACUUUAAUAUUUUUCUAAUAACAUAUUAGGAAAUAUUAGGAUUUAGAACUAUUAUAAUUGUCUAGUGUUAACUCAUGUUUUGUAAAGCUAUUUUUCUAGUGAAUGUUUAAUGAAUAGUAAAAACUAAUACUGUGUAUUUACUUGGUGAGAUUUGAAAAUUGUUCACUCAUAAAGAUAUUCAUUAUUAAAGAACUAGUUUCUAUGUGAAGUUAAAAA